AUGUCGCCUCAGAUCGUCAUCUUCUACAACGUGGUCAUGCCGGAUCGGCCACGCCUGCGACGCGGCGCAUUGGAUCUACCCGACAUCGGUGUCAAGAUUGAAGAUUGGGGGUCCGAAUUGCGCGGCAACGCUUCAUUCACAGACGCCUGGGAGUUCGGCGUGCCCUUGGAGGCAGGCUUCAAGGUCGGCGACAAAGUCUCCCAGGUUCUCUCCGUGACAGUGGCAGCCAGCAACCGCGAGACCAUCCGCUCGCGGGCCGACGAUCGCCCCUGCGUUAUCCGCGGCCGCAGUGGCGCCCUGAAGAGUGUGAGCAUGGGCAUCCGACUUGCGCUGGGAAGCAUUCUGGACUCCAUGGAGGAGCAGCUCCUCGAUUGGAAACCUCGGAUCAAGAACAACAAGGAUGCGCUGAACAAGGAGCUGGAUCGUUGGACUGGUCUCGGGCGCGUCCUCCAGAGAGCGGUCUACGGCGCCCCCGUGCAGCUGGGGUGGUCAGACUUGGAGGAGUUUGUGGUGUCUCGGGGUCCUUGCCGCUUCGGCCCAGGCGUCGGGCUGGGCCGAAUGCUCGGCGAGCAAUGCAGCUGCGGAGUGUUAUCUUUCCGCAACAAUGCGCAGAAGCACUAUGGCGACGUUGUCCCGGAGAGCAUGUGGGCCCCUUACGUCGUACAUCAGCUGAAAAACAAUUGCAUUCACGCGUUUCUGGCUGGCGAAAUCACCUAUUCCGGCACCGGCAACGUCCUCGUGCCAGCCUGCGCGAACGACGUUGACUGCAGCCUCGACGUCUGGGACACGUUGAUCCUGGACCACCCCGUGGUGGACCCGGACCACGUUCACGAUCACGUGGCGCUCGUCGCGGCGGAAGAGCAGAUGCGGGCGGUCGCGGCCGCUGCGGCGGAGAAGCAGACGGGGGCAGGCGCAGGUGUAUUCCCCGCGCUCGCGAACGGUGAGAAAGGGUCUCUCUUCGUCGAGGCCGUGGAGCGCGGUGAGUUCCACCUGUGCCUCGCGACCGCGGGCGCUGACGAGGGGCCGCUCCUGCGACUGCAGCGCGGGACGUCAGUCCGCGGGCGGGUAUUCGCUUGCAUCGGUGAAUAUGUUGGCGCCGAGACAAAUGCUAUCGCGGUCUUGAAACGCAGCCUCUGCACUGAUCCGUCGCCGUGCUGCCGGUCGCUGCUGCCGGAGCACGGCGUAGCAUCCGCUGGCGGCCAUCGCAAUCCCAGUGUCUUCAAGCAGAUGAGUUCCGAGGAGAUCUUGAAGCAGUCCACGGACAUAGGCAAAAAGUUCACGAACGCCCAGAUGCAGUUCAUCGGCCGCGCACUUGACCGAGAAGAUGGCGCUGCCCUGUGCGAGGCCUACCCUGGCACUGUCAAAUCAGCGACGGCGGCAGGCAUCAUUGCCAACGCGGCGAGGCAUUGCUCUGGCAAUGCCAAGUGCGUGGCCCUCGCCCAGCAGCGUGCCAUGCGCGACGAGCUGCUGUCCAACAUCCGAUCCGCGCUAGACGACCCGCUGGCCGCCGCCGGCGUGGGCCGACCUGCGGACGAAGCUCCGUCAGACGACGAGCUCGGGCAGCUCGCGCAGCUCCGGGCUCGUCUGCCGCGGGGGCAACGAGGCGAGGUGAGCAUGAGCAAGCGCGUUGGCGGGCCGCGCAUGUCGCUGGAGUCGACCACGAAGGCGGUCUUGACCAUGAUCCUUGCGAACGACGUGGGCCUGAGCAAGCCGAAGCCGAGCGGCCAGAGCAGCGCGGCUGCGCCGCCGCCCGGAGAGACGGUGGAGCCCAUGGCACAGUUGCGCUGCCGCCUCCUCGGCCAGAUGCUCGAGCGGAGUUUCAACGCCUUGACGUUCCCAUAUUUCAAGCAGAUUCAUACAGGGCAGAUUCAGGGCUUGCCGGAGAAGAAACCCACGGUGUGGAAGGCGAUGGAGUCCAGCGGAUGGUAUAAAGCUGGUCUGCAUGGCAAAGCAAAGGAGACGGUGUUACCGAAAUUGUUGACCAUUCGCAAAUAUAGUGAUAUUGUGCCGGAGCCGAACGUGGAGGUCCCGACCGUGCCCCCGGAGCAGUGGGACCGCGCGGCGCUGGGCUGCUACGCGAACGGCAACGCUUGUCGCAAACGCAACGUCGACAUUAUGAUUAGUGUUUUAGCGGCCGUCCCGAAGCCGCGCGGGCGGAAGAAACGUGGGAUGGAGCCCGAGGUGGGCGACAACGCCCAUCUGCGCGCGGUCGGCGCGUUCAUUAAGGCAGCAGAGCACGCUCUGGAAGAGUUGCUCGAGGGCGCGCGCGAGAAGCCGACCGUGGUCCCCGCCGACGCACCAGCGGAGAAGAGGAGGAAAAUCAUUGUGAAGAGAAGCGCCAGCGGUGGCAUCGACAUGGCGGAGCGCAGCACCCCCUACACAUACAAACGCACUGCGGCCCGUCGCUUCGCGGAGGGUCCGGCGGCGCAGGGGUGCCCGGCGCGCGUGCUACAUGCGAUGCUGCAAGGCACCGUAGAUCUCGACAUCCACAGCGCAGUUCUGACCAUCGUCUGGCAACUCGUGGAACAACUUGGCAUGGCCGAUAAGGACCUGUUCAAGGAGGAGUUGGAGUUGUUGAAGCGGCUGGCCGAGGACAGGGGCGAGGUACUGCGGGGCGAGUUGCCCGACAUGGGGCCCCAGGCGGCCAAACGCUUCGUACUCGAGACCAUCGGCGGGUCCCGCUCUUUCGAUGCUGAUGCCAAGCCCUUCGCCAUGAAGUUGCAGCGCGUGAGCCGCGUACUGCGCUGGCUGGCAUGCUCGGCGCUGCCCGAGGUUUACGGCAGCUUCUGCCGAGGCGCCGCGCUGGGCGACGGCGAGAAGACGGAGAAAUGGCCAGAGGGGGAAACGUUCUCUGCUUUCUACCAGCGCGCGGAGGACUACAUCCUCCGCGAGUGGCAUACGUGGGUGCUCACGCAGCCGGUCAAGCAUUUGUCACUGCAUUUCGACGGCGUCAGGAUCAGCAGAGACGCGGUGCUCGCAAGGCAUGCCUCCGUGGCGGACUACGCCGCUGACGCGAGUGCCCACAUCGCGAAGGAAACAGGCUUCGUAGUCAAAAUCAAUGAGAAGACCCACCCGACGAUCGCGGAGGCACUGACGAGCUGCGGGGCGUGGCGGUCGGUGGAUGCGGCGCCCAGAAACCUACUGAAGCCCGCGAUGGUAUUCUGCUGGCGCUGUGGCGAUGCGGAGACGCCAGGCUUUGGUGCCACGUCCGUGGAGAACAAUGCCGCCAGCGUGGAGAAGGGGAGAACGUAUGCGGAGUGUUGCCUGAGCCACGGCGUGUCAAUGACGCCGCAGCUGGGCUUCGAUGCCUGCGAGCAGGGGUUUUAUCUGCUCCACAUGGACGGGCAUGGUUCGCCAUCAUGCGCACUAGUCCACGCGGGGGCUGAGCUCGACAAGGCGACGGUCUAUUUCUGUGACAAAGCCGGCGAGAUGAAUCUGGAAGAGCUCCGCGAUGCCGUCCUCGUCGGGCGAGAUUCGAGGCUAGCAGUCACGUUUCACAUUGAUUUGUCCCCUGCGCCGCAGGCAGCCGGUGAAGACAGCGGCGACGCCAGUCCCUUGUCAGAGCUCCUGAAUAUGAUGGCGUGA